UUCGAUGCCGUUUUGUGUCGCUUAGCCGGAACCUUAAAAAAACGUGAAAAACUCUUUUAGAACAGAAGAAGCUAGAAAAUCUUGGAAUUGGGCGGUUUUGUUUGAAACUGUAAAUUAGGGUUUAUAAUUGAAGAUGAAACAAUCAUCCAAAGACCCAUUUGAGGUUGCUUUUGAAGAAGAUGAAGACGAAAACAAUGAAGAAGAAGAAGAAAUUAACAAUAAUACUAAUAGUGAACCUGUAAAACUAGAACUAGACGAAGACUAUGACGAAGAAGAAGAAGAAGGCAAUGAAGAAGAUGAAGAUAAAGAGAAAUCAAAAGAAUCUCCAAUUAGAGACAAUGAAUUUGAUGAGGAAACCCCAACAACAACAACAAAUCGGCGACCUGGGAAAGAAGUAGUAAUUGCUGAUGGUGAUGGUGGUGAUGAAUUGAGAAGAACUGGUAAUGUUAAUGUAGUAGCAUCAUCAACCGGAAAUCAGAGUAAUAAGAAGAGGAAAAUUGUAAAGACUAGUAAUAAAGAAGAUGAAGAUGAAGAAGAGGAUGAGAAUAUGGAUGUGGAUCUUGUCAAGUUCACACCUACUGGUGUUCCUGCUAAGAUGGCCAAAAUGCAGGAAAUUUUGUCGCAGUUGACAGAUGAACAGAUGAGUAGAUAUGAGUCCUUCAGAAGGUCAGGGUUUCAGAAAGCUAACAUGAAAAAGCUCUUAGCAAGCAUCAUCGGAACUCCAAAGAUAUCAGUACCAAUGACAAUUGUUGUAUCGGGGAUAGCUAAGAUGUUUGUUGGAGAGCUAGUUGAAACAGGUAGGAUGGUUAUGACAGAAAGAGGUGAGACUGGACCCAUCAGGCCUUGCCACAUCAGGGAAGCCUAUAGAAGGCUAAAGUUGGAGGGAAAGGUACCAAAAAAAUCGGUCCCCCGGCUGCUGUUCCGGUAGGUAUAGUGUCAGAGUUGAUAUACAGAAAAGAAGCCGGACAGAAACACCAAUUACGAGGAGUGCAGUUGUCAUCCUUUGUUCUUUUUGUUUGACUUCUUCAUUUCUCAGUAUAUUGUUGGCUAAAGAGCUCUUUAUAUGAAGGGGACUAAACUGGUUUUUUAAACUCAAAGCGUGAAUCCUAGAUAUCAUUUCUGAAGUAAUGAAGUAAAUGAGGACGCAAUCAUAAAUGAAGUAAAGAGAAUGGUGAUUACUUAGUUUUUUUUAGCGGUGUGUUUUUGUUUUGUAACUUCAUUUUCCAUUUUAGUUUUCUUCAAUAAAGAAGAUAAAUAAUAAUAAAAAAAAUAAUACAACAACCACAGUUCGAGGUUAA